AUGGAUUUCCAGAACCGCGCAGGCGGUAAAACUGGUGGUGGAGGUGUAGCCUCCGCAUCGGACGCCAAUGUCGAUCGUCGAGAACGUCUCCGACUUCUGGCGUUGGAAACCAUCGACCUUCAGAAGGAUCCCUAUUUUAUGCGAAAUCAUUUGGGUGGAUACGAAUGCAAACUCUGUCUGACACUGCACAAUAAUGAAGGGUCUUACUUGGCGCACACCCAAGGAAAGAAGCAUCAAGCAAACUUGGCAAGGAGAGCGGCUAAAGAUGCAGCAGAUCAACCGUUUGUUCAACUGCCUCAAUCAGCGAAAGUGGAGCCUAAAAAGUUUGUAAAGAUUGGUCGACCUGGAUACAAAGUGACAAAAGAGCGAGAUCCUGUUAGUGGACAGCAAGCCUUGCUUUUCCAAAUUGGUAUGUAUUUUCUUUUUUUUUUUUUGAGUUUUAGGCUAUUCGUUUUGUUCUGCUGGUUGAUAUGGGCGCUUACCAAGGUUUUAGUUGAUACUGGAAAUUUUUUGAGCAUCUAACGUUUAUUAGCUGAAGCGGCAUGGAAAUUACUUGUUUAUUACUUCAAUUAACGGAAUUCCUAUAAAUCAGGGCAAAAUAUUUGAAGUUAUCUUGUUUUAGACUACCCAGAGAUCGGCGAAGGGAUUACUCCUCGUCAUCGAUUCAUGGCCGCUUAUGAACAGAAGCUGGAACCUCCAGACAAAAGAUGGCAAUAUCUCCUGUUUGCUGCCGAACCCUACGAAACAAUCGCCUUCAAAAUCCCUUCACGAGAGGUUGAUAAAUCGGAGAAGGUCUUCUGGUCUUUAUGGAACAAGGACAGCAAACAAUUCUUCUUGCAAUUUGCAUUCAGAAGUGGUGGAGAAGAACAUCCACCUCGGCCACCACCUCCAUCAUUCAUUCCGGCACCUCCUCAGCCCGUAUUUGCGGCCCAACGAUAUUAA